UGCUAGAGCGCUGCUGCUUGCUGGUUUGCAUAGAAAUCUAUCUAGAUAGUGCAGUCGAUCGUGUAUUUUUAGAUAUUCAAUCUGUCAAGACAGUUUCCUAUUGAUUCAAACGCCUGUAAACAUUUUUGAAGUUUAAAUGUCACAAGCACCAAAGAAUGAAACCGUUACCAUCUCUGCAAUCCCUCCGCAAAAGUUUUCACUUGUUCCAAAAAUUGUCAACGGUGGGAUUGCAGGAAUAAUCGGAGUGUCAUGUGUCUUUCCCCUGGAUCUAGUCAAAACUCGUCUGCAAAACCAGACUGUCGGCCCAAAUGGAGAACGGAUGUACACGUCAAUGUUGGACUGUUUCAAGAAGACCUACCGAGCGGAAGGCUACUUUGGUAUGUACCGAGGAUCUGCCGUCAACAUUCUGCUUAUCACACCAGAGAAAGCCAUCAAGCUUGCGGCUAACGACUUUUUCCGACACCACCUCUCAACGGGCCAUGGGAAGCUGCCCCUUGGACGAGAGAUGUUAGCUGGAGGUAGUGCAGGACUGUGUCAGAUCAUCAUCACAACUCCUAUGGAGCUGCUGAAGAUUCAGAUGCAGGACGCCGGGAGAGUUGCAGCUGCGGCUAAGCUGGAGGGUAAGACAGUUCCGAAGGUAUCCGCCACCUCGCUAGCCCUGGAACUGCUGAGGACUAAAGGUAUCUUUGGACUGUACCGAGGUAUCGGAGCUACGAUGCUCAGAGACGUUUCUUUCUCCAUUGUCUACUUCCCAUUAUUUGCCAGGCUCAACUCCCUCGGACCUCGCAAGAACGAUGGCUCAGGAGAAGCAGUGUUCUGGUGCAGUUUCCUCUCUGGUUGUACGGCUGGCUCUCUCGCAGCUCUGUGUGUCAACCCCUUUGACGUGGUGAAGACGCGACUUCAAGCCAUCAGCAAGGUGGAAGUUGGACCCCGAUACAACGGAAUCAUGGACGCUUUUGUGAAAACCUUAAAGAACGAAGGACCGCUGGCGUUCUUUAAGGGCGGAGCUUGCCGAAUGAUUGUGAUCGCCCCUCUGUUCGGUAUUGCCCAGACAGUAUACUACUUGGGCGUGGCCGAGAAGCUGCUGGGCUACCAGAAAUAAACAGCCAUCGAAACUUAGUAAAUGUAUCAACAUAAAUGACAAUAACUCUAUGUACUCCCUUCCUACGCCUUUGACGGCCUUUUGUAAACGGCUGGCUCUUCCCAACUGCCCUGAAUCAGGUUGUUUAACGUUAAAUGUCGUCUGCUAAACUAUGGUUAGAUAUUUUGGCGUGAAACUGUAUCAGGUUACCGUUCCGUAGAUGUACUCAUAAUAUUCCAUUUAGCAUUUUUAGAAGCUUAUUUUUGAAGGCAUUUUGAUUAUUUUUGUUUGUUUUGUACACUUUUUAGUAGGCCAUGUGAGUUUAUGUGUCUCCAAUGGAUCUUGGAAUGCUGAAAAUAAUCUCCAAUGUAUAUUUUAUAUUAUUCAGCUACCUCCUAGAAUGUUGGUUUUGGAAGAAGCUAUUUUCAAAACAAGAUGCACAUAGAAUAGAUUGCCACACAGUGUUUUUCAACCUAGUAUUCAUUCUUCCAUUCUUAUGAGGGAAAACUUAUUUAAGUUUAAAAAUUCACUUAUAAGUUUUCAAUAGUUUUGGAGUAUGAACUCACUAUGGUUUUUUAACUUUUUGAAACGUUUAUGUUAUGUGUACAUUUUAUUUUACGUGUACUUCACUGUCUGUGAAAAUGUCAGUAUUUCUUAUUUAUUGUUGGAAUGUUUAGCAAUAUGGGACAAAGAUAUUGAAACGUUAUCCUUUUACCUGUUGUUAUUAUAUGUGGCAUCUUUUGCUUACAAAUCAAAGAGUUAGGAGAAAUCCAUCAAUUUUUCAUCUGAUUUUACAGUCUUCUAACAUGCCCUCGAUAUAGAGUCAAUGAUAUUAGAUUGUCAUUAGUUGCAAUUAAUGCGAUUGCACAACUAGUUAAGUAGUAUGUAUAUAUAAAUUAUUUUUCUGUUGUUAUGUUUUAGUAGGAACUUCUGAGUCGGACUAGAUUCGAAGUGAGACAGGUUGCGUUGUUGAGUAUUUCUAGUUGGCUUACAUAGUUGUAUUUAAGACAGCGAGAAGCAACUUUGUACUUUAUAAGUACACUUCCAUGCCUAAAUGUGUUGCACGCUUCCCAACGGGAAUUGGGUUUAGAUUCGGGUAAUGUAUUUUAAUUUAUUGUGUUUUACCUUUAGAUUAGCUGUGUUGUAAUGCUUACUACUUUCUAUCAUUCCUUUCUUGUUUCUGUUUUGACUUAUUUUAUUUUACUGUUAAGCAUUUUUUUUUUUUUUUUGCUUUUCUUAUCUGAAACUAUUUUUAACUAGUUUUCUGUGUGUUAGUCACUAUAACUUUAUUUUCCAAUGACGAUAUUUUCCCCAUUUUAUUUUUUAGUGUCUUGUAAAUAAGUUCAUCUUUUGAGGGUAAAUGUAAAUGUAAUAAAAUAUUUAAGUUACAAGUGCGCUUGAAUUAGCAUACUCAAAAUUAUGACGUCCUUCAGUAAUAAUAAGCAAUAUUCGUCAAUUUAGUAAAAGAUAUUACAAUAAAUAUUAAAAAAUAAAUAUAAACCUAUACACUAUAGGAGAAAAUUAAGUUGUUAAACCUACUCAUACGAAAAAGUAUAAUAGUUCAUAUUCUAUUUAAAGCACUAUUGAUUAUUGGCAUAUAUAUAUUUUUUUUUAUGUCGUCCUGUAAGUUAGUGAAUACAAUUGUCUUAAAUGUCUCUUUAGGAAUUACAAUUUACCUACUUUCUAUCUUGAAUUUUUCAUUUUUUCAACCAUCAAACUAACUCUAUCAAUAAAGCAAAUGAGACUUCAUUUUAUAUCUAUAAGCAAGCUAUUUUUACCUGCCUUCAAAGCUUUUCUGAGUUAAUAAUCUGGUUAAUUUAUGCCCAAUCAAUUAAAUCGGAUCGGUUUUGAUUACUUGUUCUUACAAUGUAAGUGAAACUAUUAUUCUGUUUGGUAGUUUAAAGAAAUUGGAAGUUAGGAAUUUGUGUUUCAAUCAUAAAACAUAUUUUGUUUUAUAGGAUACCAUUUUGUUUGAGUCUCAACAAGUGUGUUUGAUUUGCUUAGACGCUUAGGUAGUUUACUCUAUUACAAUUCCAGUAGUUAUUAGUAAUUUUGUUUGAAUGUCCUUUUUCAACUAGUGUGCUAACGUAGGUGCUUUUAAGCGUGCCAAUUGCCUUAACCUAACAAUAACUGGCCUAAACCUAAACACAUUUAAAAGACAGUUUAAAGAUAUUUAAGAAGCUGAAGUAUAAACUAAAGAUAUUUUUAGUGUUGGAAAAUUAGUGGACAACAUAGUUUUUUUUAUUAGACCGCCAUAAUAAAACAUUGUUUUCAUUUCGAUGUAUCACCAUGAAAAUGUUCAAUUAUUCCAUAUAUCAAAGGUUAAUUAAUUGUGUAUUAUGUUUGUUGGAAAAUGUAGGGUUUUGGUUUUAUCAAACAAGUUUUAGACUAAAUUUGUUAUAAACUUUACCACUCCCUUUGGUCUCAACUAUUUCCAUGAAUAAAUUAAGUAUGCAAUAUGAUAUAGCUAGAAAGUGAAAAGGCUAAGGCUAUUCUACUCUCCCUUAGCUACUGCUUAGCUGAAUUUUUAGAGUACAGUACUCAUCUAAAAAUCACCUGGAGAUACAAUGGAAUAGUACCUAUGUUACAUACCAAGUUUUAUCAAAAUCAGAUAACAGAUAUGGUGUGCAGCUAUACACACAUACAGACAUUACUUCGAAAACCAUUUUUUCGGUUCAGGGAGACCCAGGAUAAUAUUGAUAAUUAUUUCCGACCAAAACUCAAACAUUUUGACAGAAAAAAAAAACUCCAUAUACAUACUUACUAUGUAUAGCUCCCUUUUCUACUAUGUAUAGGGGGGCUAAACUAAUCAAUUUCUACUUCCCCACGAAAGUAAAUUGAUUUAACUAUUGCUGUGGAAAUGUUAACUUGAAUUUAGAGUUUAGUAUGUGUAAAACAAUUUACAUAAUUGACCAUGCAGGGAGUGGGCAGUAAUUUGUAAUUUGACAUUGAUUGGUUCAAGUAAUUGUGAAAUAAUUAGUAAUAGUUAAAUAGGUAUCAGUGCUCUCUAAAAGACAAAUAAUACUGGUAGAAUUGUUAAACAACAACGCUUAAAUCUUAAGCAACUGUAAUACGUAAUUUUCCUACUCAUACAGUUAAAGUACUUUGGAUACGUAAUUUGAUACCAAGUAAUUUUAGAUACGAAAUAUGUAUAAUUAGAUUACAACAAACUAUGAAAUUCAUUGAUAAAAAAUACUAUCAAACAGUCAAAUAUCAUUUAGCUGACAUUAUUUUCCCUUUAAUGUGUAAUAAAUAUGUAAAAUGUGUCUUAAGACAAAAGACAAUACAAUGAUUGCAUGCAGUUGUCUCAAUGUUAUUAUGUGUCAGUUUUCUAUCACAUUUUUGAAAUCUAUCUCUCAGUUGAAUUGUUUUGUUUAGUUAUUGUGAUCUUGUUUUACAGAUAAUAUUUUUUUACUUUUGUGUUAUAUUACCAUAUUUAUUUUGUGAUGCAUUACCAUUAUACUAUGCAAAAUGUAAAUUGUGAAACAAUUAAAGAUGUGUCUAGAAAUGUUA